AAGGUGAUCAUCGCCUCAAUACUUUGAGCUCUCCAGUACCGUCGCGAUCAAUCUUAAGUUUCUUUUUCUUGCAAAGAAUCUACAAUAGAAAAAUAACUUGUCAUUUGAUUUCUUAUGUCAGCUUCCUGGUGAGAUUCAAGACUUCGCCUCUACAGUUCGGAAGAGUUAGGCCAAGUGGGGAGUAGUAUUCGAAUCCGCCAACACAUUGGCUGAAUUUCCUUGACCUCCUCACCUUGGAUGGCCUUUUAAUCUCUUCUCACUCCGGUGGUAAUCUAUUCAUUGAUCUGAAUCGACAUUGACAUAGCCGGAGAAAUGGCUGCAGCCCCGGCAACACAAUCUUUGAAGUGUGUGGUCACCGGAGACGGUGCGGUUGGAAAGACAUGUCUCCUGAUCUCAUAUACAACUAAUGCUUUUCCUGGAGAGUAUAUUCCCACGGUGUUCGACAACUAUUCUGCCAAUGUCUCUGUUGACGGAAGACCUAUCAGCCUCGGGUUGUGGGAUACUGCGGGACAAGAAGAUUAUGACCGACUUCGCCCUCUCUCGUACCCUCAAACCGAUGUUUUUCUGAUCUGCUUUUCCGUUGUCAGCCCUGCCUCAUUCGACAACGUCAAAGCAAAGUGGUAUCCUGAAAUCUCACACCACUCACCUAAUGUUCCAAUCAUCCUAGUAGGAACUAAAUUGGACUUGAGAGAGAAUAAUAAUCCGCAGCAGCGGAUGCUGCCCAAGGAAAUGAAGCCAAAAGAGUUCGAGGACGGCGUGAAUUUGAAAACAGAAAUCAAAGCUUACGAUUACGUUGAAUGUUCUGCCUUGACUCAGAAGAACCUCAAGCGUGUAUUCGAUCAGGCUAUCAGGGCUGUCCUCGAUCCCCGACCGUUGGCUCCGAACAAGAAGAAGUCCAAAUGUGCUAUGUUUUAACGGGUUUUUGUCCAGUCUGAUCAUUUGACGGCGUUAUUUAACGUGAGCUGGGGCAGUGGCUUUAUAUUUUUUUUUUUUUCUAUUUUGUUCUCCUCUUCAAAUCAGCGCAAGCACGACAUUGAUGGAAAGCAUUGCAUUUGGUCAGGCACUUUUACCCACAAAGGGAUAACGUAGAUAGCGCUUCUCACACGCCUUCUCUAAAUUAUUUGCAGCGUUGGUGACGGUCUC